AUGGACUUUGAUAGCAAGCAGGCCGCUCCAUCCAGAUCAGCAAUUAACUUCGACAAUAACUUCAGAUCGCAAUCAUUUUCAAGCAUAAAAAUAAAUGCAGGCUUUCAAGCUCAGUCCGAUGACAAGCUCGACGAGACGAGUUCAACCGCCUCACUCUCAACUACCAGCAAAGCCAUAAAAUGUUUGGUGUGUAAACGAGAAGAACUCACACUCGAUCCUUUAUAUCGUUGUUCAAAAUGUUUAGCCCGAUGGCAUGCUAGUUGUCAUAAGCCACGUCCACCGGUUGGAGCUGACGUCACUGAUUGGUACUGCAAUCAUUGUAUUAGAAAACAUGGCCUACCAUCAGUAGAGUUUUCACCAGAGAGGCAAUCGCUGGGCGGUGUGUGUGAAAUUCCUGGAUGCAACAAGCAGAUUUACAGCAUGUUGGGUAAAACCAAAGAUGAUAAAGUCUUGUGUACUCUGCACGAGAUGACAGAGAAAAACAAGAGGUCUAAGCUUGCUAGCAAAGCUCAAAUAUCAGCCAUGUCAAGACCAGUCUCGAAACCCAUUAAAAAAACAAGGCUUUACCCUGUUAAGUAUGAUGAGGACAUGCAAGGAAUGAAGCGUAAACGAGGUAGAAAGCCCGGAAAUUUGAAUAAUAAGCAAAUGCUUCCAAGUAGUUUUCCUGUCCAGUCAGAUUCCAAUGAUAAACCAACCGCGAGACCUCAGGAGACUUCAACCUCGGAGGGCCUACUGUCUACUCCAGGGCCGCGAUCUCUCCGGGCUGAAAACUUGACCCAUUCUCCCACAUCGAGGAACCUCCUUCAGUCACAAUCGAGAACAAUCAAAGCGCCUACUAUGAAUGGUUGCCAAGAAGUACCUAAAAUCCCGAGUCGAACCAUAACUCAUCCAAUGUUAGAACCCCCAUCGUCGCCAGAGUAUGAACCUCCACCGCCAGGUGAGGUCGAAAUUAAUAUUAGUUGUUCGCCAGAAUACGAACCGCCGUCGCCAGAUAAAGUUGAUAGUGAUGUCAAUAUUUGGCAAUCUGACGUGGAGCAACUCGAUAUUGAACAAGACGAUAGCCCUGGCUCUAAAAUACAAGACGAGCUCAGAGUUAUGCAGGAAAGUGCAAAAAAAGUUGCAACCAUGCCUGCAAAUAGACUUGUUCAUGGGCACGGAUCAUCGUCUUCACCAACCCUACUGUCGUCCGCUGGACGACCGCUCGGAAUAGUAUCAACCUUUACGGAGAAUAAGGAUCCUGGUAGCAAAGCUUCCCCACGCGACCGAAAAGAGGUUGCCGGGGAACAAUCUUCGGCAGCUUGCUCUACGACCCCAUUUCUAAAAAUUCCUUUGAUCAGGAAGCCAUUAAAGCCUAUAUCACCAAAGUCUAAUCUAGAUACCACAGCUCAAGACAUGCACUUCCUCAACCCAGAAAGUGAAAACCACGAUACCUUACGUCUAGCUCAGAAACGAAGAGCUGCAAGAAAGACAGCGCUGUCUAAGCAAGUACUUCAUCAACAACCCAUCAAUCAUGCAAAGAAUCAAUUUAUACCUCUCCAACUCACCCAAAAUUAUCGGGAGUUGGAGUCUACAGUCUCACAAUUACACCAAGAGGGACCUAGCCAGGAGAGAUCGAAUCAACAGAGUCUGAAACAGAAAGAGCCAAAACACUCCGCGCCACUUUAUGGUGAUUACAAGCCCAACACUAUUGAGUAUCGGCGUCAAUUGCGCUGCUUAACAUAUGAUUCCAGCGUUCUUGAUCAUUAUCUAGAUCUACAAAAAGAAUCACAGGCUAGGGCUGAGAUUGAAAAAGAACAGAACAUUAUGCCCCAAUCAGAUAACGCCGCCGAAACGCAAAUCUGGGGUAAUAUUGAUCCUAGAGUCGUCUGGCCAAAAGAACGAUCUGAGAGUUGGUACGAAGCUAAACGUAAAGAAAUUGAUUCACGGGGUGGGAAGAAAGCGAAUUUUGGGAUAUUGCUUACGGCACAAGUAAGAAAGGAGAGAGCGGAUAGAGGUUGGCAUCCUAAUCAGAACAAGGAAUAUGUUCCCAAGGCGGACAGAAAAGGUGGUUCGAUCUUUGUGGGAGAUGAUGAUACUCGGGAUGAUAUCUUGGCGAUUAGGAGUGAAGAGCUAGGAGUUCCUGUACGGGUGACAGGAAGGGAUGGGGAAAAAAUUUCGGGAAAGCAAUUUCUUCCAAAAGAUAGUUGA